UCAUUCUCAAAUCAAUUUCUCUCAUUCUCAUCUAUUUAUCAUCUCUCAAAACAAAAACAUGUCAAGUAAGAGAGGACCCAAUUGGAAAGUUCAUGAAGAUGUAAACUUGUGCAAAUCUUGGAUAUCAAUAUCUGAAGAUGGAGCGGUUGGCAUCAAUCAAAAGAGCACGAGACUAUGGGAAAGGGUGGAGAGGGAAUUUCGAAGAAGCGAUCCUACAACAAUUCGUACUACGGAUUCAAUGGAAUCCCGACUGAGACUUAUCAGUAACAAGUGUAAAGUUUGGAAGGGAGCUUUGCAGAGGGUGGAGAGGAGUCAAACGAGUGGUACCAACCAAGUUGAUGUGGAAUUUGUAGCAAGAUCGAUAUAUAAGGAAGAGAAUGGGGACAAAGCCUUUGAACAUGAGCAUUGUUGGGUCAUCCUUCGAAAUUGCCCAAAGUGGUAUUGUGACCCUCAAUUGGUUGUCGGUCCAAUUCCACCUAUGGGUCAAGGUUCUCAAAGUUCUCCCAUAGGUAUUGGUUCUCAAUCCUCCCCUGUGGAAGGCCUCGACGACAUACCAGACGAGGGAGCUACGCCUUUCGUGCUGUCCAGCCACUUGGACAAUUCCUCCAUUCCCAAUGCAUACAGUCAAUUGAUCCAAUCAUUCCAGGAAAGCCACGUCUUGAGGCUUUACUGAGUAAGAUCCUUAAAUCGGCAGGAGUAGGUGCGCGAAGAUAUGUGGCCCCAUACAUGUUGAUAAUGUUGUUGCAUAACUUUCUGAAGACCUCCAUCAAAGUGCUCUCACCCAUACGAACAUACUCGUCAAGUUGAUCAGUUGGAGAACCAUAUGCUAGCAUGCGCAUCGCACCAGUAAGCUUCUGCUCUGGAGAUAAUGAUAAUUGACCCAAUCUAUCACGCCUUAGAGCAAAUGAGGGGUCAGACCUCACAAUGUCGCCCAUAAUGCGAUGGAAGAAUCUUGGUUGCAUCCGAUAGCGCCUUCUAAAUAUGCGAGCAUUGUAUACUGGAUUUGGAUCGAAGUAAUCCCUCAUAAGACGGUGAUUACAUUCGACCCUUUCACGAUCAAUGUGACGUCGACUUGUAGUUUGACGUCGACUUGAUGAACCUUCAGCCAGCCUCCGGCCGAUUAAACUCAACCGUAGGUGGUGAAACCUCUCGUACUCUUCGAUUUCUUCUUCUCCUCUCGACGAUGAGCUAUCUGACAUACUCAUGAUGAAUGUGUUUGUUUUAGAAAUGGGAAGAAGUUUCAGUGAGUUGAUGAAAAAUGAAGAAUUGUAAUUUAUAAACACAUAUGAUGCACAAAACGACAAAAAACGGUCAUAAAGUAACGGCUAAAAAAAACGGUCAUAUUUGGAUUGGUCCAAAAAAACGGUCAUAAAGUAACGGCUACAAAAAAUGACUAAUUUUGCAAAAAAAAAAAUCUCGGAAUUAAAAAAAAUUACAUCGAAAAUUUUGUUUUCGCAAGUAAUAACAAACUAUAAAAAAUUAAAGUGAAUUACAAGAAUGAUAUUGUAAAUAAGUAUGGAUUAUGGAAAUUAAAUCAAAAAAAGAUGUGGGGAGCUAAAUUUGGAAGCCUAUAGGGUUGGAGCAAAAAAGUGUUUUGGGGAGGCAAAAAUGCACAUUUGAGAGUUUGGGAGGCUAAAUAUAGCCUUUUGGGUUGGAGUUAGUCUUAUGCAAAUAUUUAGUUCAGAUUUUACCAUACCCAAUUUAAUUAAGUUUGGAUGGGUAUCAAUUGAAUAUAAUAUUUUUUUUCAUCUUAUCGCAUUCUUAUGAAUUAUAAAAUUGUGAAAACUAAAUUAUUGAAACAAAUUUCAAAUUGAUAAAAUAAUAAUUCACUCAAAAGAAUCGAGGAAAUAAUAAUAUUCUAAACAUUGGAGCCUUAUUUAACCUUGUAAUAUUUAACACUAAGAAACAUAUAAUGAUUAGUCGGUAAGUAGUUCAUGUAUAUCCUGGCAGAAACUUGGGAGAAAUACUCAAUUAAAGAAAGUUGAGUUGCCAUAAAAAGAAGCGGGAAAUUCCUACUGAUACCUUAAAGUUUUUGUAACUUGAUGUUUUUGACCUGCUAUAACAGGUUUCACAAGUCGCAUUACGUAAAAUACAAUAGGCAUUACGUAAUGGUUAUGUAAUGUGUGUUUAUCUUACGUAAUAGUUGAAAAAUGUCAUUACGGAAACUUUACGUAAUAGACACUCAUUUUACGUAAUGAAUAUCAACCUUUCUUUGCGUAAUCUGUUAAACCAUUACGAAAAAAACUUACGUAACGCUUCUAAUUUAACUGUUACGUAAGAAAUAACUAUCGUUACGUAACCUUUACGUAAUAGAUGUAUACUUUACGUAACAGUUGUAAAGUGGCAUUACGGAAGCCUUACGUAAUGGAUGGUCCUUUUACGUAAUGAAUAUUAAUCAAGUUACGUAAUGUGGUAAGUAAUUACGGAAGUCUUAUGUAACACUUCUAGUUUAACUAUUACGUAAGGAAUAACAUUCGUUACGUAAAAAUUACGUAAUGAGCGUGUAUUUUAUGUAACAGUUGUAAAAUGUCAUUACAUAAGCCUUAUGUAAUAGACGAUGCUUUUACGUAAUGAAUAUUAACCUAGCGU